AUAUAACUCAAAAUAUCGUCAAUUUACUCAUAUUUGACGAUAGUUGUCUAACGGUAAGAGCAUUACAUGAAUCAUGAGAUCCGUUGAUUCCGUAUUAUGCCUAGUAUUGUUGGCGGCGUUAGUGCUCGUCAGCUCCGUGGGGCACCACGGCAUGGCGAGCGCGUCCUCGACUGGGCGGGGGCAGUUCACCGUGCCUAAGAAUGCACUGGCUCUUUACUCCGGUAACGCCCUCAAAUGUGUUAACAGCUCGAGCACCUACUUCAGGUCGAGUGGGGCUGGCUGCGACAGCAACAUGGACCCCAGGUCGCCUUUUCCGAAACCUGGUCAGUCGCCCUUGAACAGGGUGUGCUCUCUGCAGUUCCAGGACAUUCCUGGCAGCGACAAUGUCGCUGGUGCCGCGGCUCUGUUGAACGACGUCGGCAAGAUUUUCACGGAGGGGAAGACCCCGACCAUCACAAAUUCCAACCACGAUGAAGACCUGAGCUUUGACGUGCUUGUCGACAACACUUACUUCAAAGUCACCUAUCUCAACGCGAGUUGCCACAAUCGAAACAGCCUCGGGUACUUCAAGUACAACAAGACGUCGAAGUCUAUUAUUUUUGACGACCCGAAGGGCAGACGUCAUCCUGGUCCGAUCAUCUUCUUCUCUCUGUCCGAGGGUACGGACAAGUGCUAUCCCAAGGGGUACUCGGUCGAGUACGGUCCCUUCAACAGGGGCGAGACGAUAGGGUUCUACUUGGUGGACAACGGGUACGACCUUGUUGGCAAACAAUGGGCCAACUUCACCGAGAGAAGCUAUUACAGCAUCAACUCGCUGAACAAGCCGGGAUACAAGCCGAUCUACGUGUGGGUGCACUUGCAGGAGAUUGGCGCGUUCAUGAUAGGGUUCGACGACAACGGGGUUAACAAUGUGCGAGAUUACGACUACAACGACAUCAUCGUGCUCAUGGAGGUCAACAUGGCGAUGGGGAACGUGAGCAUGCAGGUCCCUCCCAGCUACGGUUCUGGGAAGCUGAACGUGUGCAGCAAGGUGGAUCACGUGCCGGAGAGCACCUGGCUGCAACAGGAGAAGUACACCUACGCGUUGCUGGAUUCGCCGCUGCAGUCGGACUGCGUCAACUACAUGCGAGUCCCGAGCCCGUGGACGUGGGCGGAGUACGACGAGAGUGGUAGAGAUGCGUACUAUCAGGGCAUCGUCUCCACCUGGCGAAACUACAAGGGCAAGAGCCUCGUGUUUAGGUCGAAACAGAACAGUUCGGAGCAGGUGUUGGUGGCCCACAACGUCAGGGACGGCAUGGUUAGCGAGUACGUAGACAGGAUCGAUCUGUUCAAGGGCGACCCCAAGAACGACCAGAGCGCCGCCAAAUCCGUUGACGGGAAGGACGGGAAGGAGGCCGCACCUGUCGAGUGCGUGUGGGUCGGAUGCAAUGCGGUCAGGGUGAUAAGGAGGCCGGCCACCAUAUUGGCGUCGAGCACGACGCAUUCUUUGUGCGUGUCUGGGAGAGUGAACAUUUACAACGGAACGUACAGCGACGUCCCUUCGCUGCCGAGCCCGGACUUGACGAUCCUGGAGAUUAGCGGCAUGGAGGACAAGGAUGUCGAGGUGGCCAACCUGCGUCUGCUGAGGCCGGGGUUCCAGAGUCGCGUGCUGUCUCUGUACAUGUACUACGACCUCACCGGCAUUCCCAGCCAGAGGGCCAGGGCCUUGUUCACCGAGUCCGCGGCCAGCUUUUUGGCGUCGAAUCUCGACCGGGGCGUCGGAGGGUUCAGCGACGUGAGGGUUAGCCUGUAUUUCUACGUCCCGGGUUUGACGCCCAGCUACCGAUUCAUUGGGAGGGCCGACACGUUCUCAGACCUGCGAUCUAAGUUCAGGGAUGCCACUCUGGCGCUUCCGACCAUCAACGUCGAUACGGGGAGCGAGUCGAGCCUGUUGGUGCCGCUCUCCAAGAUUCUGGCAGAGCGCGACUCCAUCGCCUCGUACAAGGCGGUCGUCGUAUUCGCGGGCAAGGCGUGGGCCGAGAGCACGGAGGAAGAGUUCGCGCUGGCGGCCAGAGCGUCCGGGAGGUCCAUCGGCUUCGUCAGCCCCAGCUCGCUGUCAGGCUCGCUGGAUAGACUGAAGAGCAAGGUCCCGCACGUGUGGUACGACACGGACGCCUGGAACGGGUCGAACUGGUACACGGCCCUCGCCGGCAGCGUGUUCGAGAGUCAGAACUACGUCACGCGCGGGUAUCUGACGGUGCCGCAGAUGUACUCGGUCUACCCGGAGCACGACUCCCUGUUCGAGUUCGACUCGAGCACGGCGAUGAACGGGAGCAACUCGCAAAUCGACCUGGCGCCGAAGUACACCGUCAGGUGGCGAGCCAACAGCCAGAUCGUCAACGACCUGACGAGCUCGGGCGACGGCGUGGUCAGGACCAAGAUCGGCCUGAGCGGCUGGGGCGUCGUGAGCCUGAAUAUCGCGUACAACCGACCGCCAAUUGGCAGGGACACGUCUAUAAAGUACAAUAGCACCUCCACCACAGUUGAGCUGUCGGUGAGCGAUCCAGACAGCGCGAACCUGCUGAACAUCAAAGUCACCAGCAUACCCGCGGUGGGCAACCUGUCCUACGUGCAGGACGGCGUGGUGAGGCAGAUCACGAAGGCGGGCACCUACAUCAACGAGUUCGACGAGAAAGGGCUGCCCAAGUACAACGUCACGAACAAGCUGAUCUACAACACCACCAGCAGCGGUAACUACUCGUUCAAGUACGUCGUGGAUGACGGGUGCGUGACCAGCCGCGAGUACGAGGUGAAACUCAACGGCGCGCUGCCGAACACCGCGCCCAUAGCAAAUCAUAGCACUAUCCAUGUGUCCGAGUCCAACAGCGAACUGAAUCCGCUGGCGUUCAACAUCACGGGGAGCAUCAUCGACCCCGACAUCCACCCCCCUGUCUACGUCUGGUUCUACAUGCUGGACUCCUCGAAGGGUGUGUUCCGAGACAGCAAGAACAACACGCUGAAACUCAGGUCGGAGUACGGGCCAAACGACCCGUUCGUGUACUACGAAGACAUUAUGUACUUCAUCCCGUACAGGACCUUCCAGCCGUCGCCGGGCGUGACGUACGAGGUCGCUCUGUACAAUUUCCAGGAGACCGACGGCCUGCGGAACGAGUCCAACAACGCCUUUUUGUACGCCCAGUACACGUGGUCCGGAGAGACGCGUCCGAUCCUGCGCUUCCAGAACGACCACAUCAAGAUCGACCCCACGUCCUCGCGAGCGUCGUUCAUCAUGAUUUUGGAGGACGUGCCCGACUCGAGGCUGGACGUGUACAUGGACAGCAUGACUUUGGGCAACGAGAUCUUGGACGGCACCAAUGUGCUCAUCAGCUACACGAGCGACUCCUCAAAACCGUCGUUCGACACGUCGAUCAUGUCCGUCACGGUAGGGUCGAAUGCCUUCACGGUCGUUAGCGGCCUCGUGUGGUCGACCAAACUGGCGGCAGACCAGUCGGACGACCUCGUCAUAACCGGCACCUUCCGCGCGGUGAGGGUAGGAAAGGACGGGCAGCCCACCGGCACCCUCCCCAACUCCACCGUCGCCACGCUGACGCUGACCCUGAGCGAUCAGGGCAGCGUGGGCGACAAAGACAAAACGCCGACCGCGUACAACGUCGUUGUACCGAACUUCGACAAAGCUCAGCGCUCGCCCGAAUUUGACCUCGCGGGCACCGAUCUCAUCACUCCGGCUCCCGGGACCGAGAGCUUCACCUUCUUCGUCAGCGGUCCACCCACGUGCAAGAAUAAGGACGGGCAAAGCCUGCCUUGCGGAGCGCUCUAUCGAGUUGACAACAAGAAGCCUCUGUCCUCGACGAGUGCAGAGUCCGCUGACGGCAACUACGCCAGCGACACGGCGUCCCUCGUGGACAACACCGAGCAGGUGAUGCAGGGCCUCGACACCGAGAUCUACUACGGCUCCAAGCUGUCAAUCUACUUCGAACCAUCGCCUAUAGACCUCAAUUACCCGACGGGCACCCUGACCUUCACCUACACCGUCUUCAACGGCUACAACACUUCUGAGCCUGCGACCGUGACGCUCAAUAUCGACGACCUGGUGAUCCCUCCCGAGUCGGCCAGCAGGAAGGUGUACAUGUCUCAGGGGUCGGAGUUGACCGAGGCGUUCCCCAUCCAGCUAUCGAACGGCGUGGACCUCGCUUACCUGCAGGUCUUCGUGCCCUCCGACGAGAAGGACAUCUACAUCGGCGCGGCCCCCACCGAGCCCGACUCCGGCACGAAGGGCGAAGGCUCCGUCAUCCUGACCCCAUCGACGGUCAACGGCGCGUCCGUGAACGUCUACUUCAAAAUGCUCUCGGACGCAUACUCCUAUCUGCCCAGCGAGACGCCCAAGGUGUACAAGAGCUUCCAGUUUAGAGCGUGCGACAACUACUCCGCCGACGGCGGCAGUCAAGGACCCGUUUGCAGCAACAACUACACCAUCGACGUCUACGUCGUGCACACCCCCCACCAGCCCGAGUCCAGCGACCUGACCCAAACCGUCGAGAGGUCCGCCACCCUGAAGUUGGAACUCCCGGCCAUAGACCAGGACGAGUACGACAAGGGCAAACUGCGGCCCAUCAUCUACAUCGACAGCUUCGCGCUGAACGGAACUCUCUACUCUGACGAAAAGCUGACCCAGCCCAUCAGCCCCCUCACCGCCAACUCUGUCAUCGAGCUCGACUCGACCGUCAUGUACUACGUCUCGCACACCCUGGGCGAAGAUGUACUGCGCGCUCGCGACAGCUUCUCGUACACCCUGGUUGACACGACCGACCUGAGGUCCAAAGAGGCGAGCGUGACCAUCUACGUGAACCCCAGAGGCGACCCACCCUCCACGACGCUGAACGAAAUCACCGCCUUACAGUUCCGCAAUCUGACCUUCAGUCUGACUGACACGCAGCGAUACGUAACUGUCGAGGUGUCCAGCAGCACCGCUGCCGCCACCAUCACCUCUCUCCCUCGCGGCACCCUCUACGAAUGCACCGACGCCGCCUGCAGCAGCAGCAACACUGUCGCCAUCACCAGCGUGCCCCACGAACUCUCGCUCUCGGGCCUCGACUCGAGCCUCAUCUACCUCUCCCCUCCCUACGAGUGGGGCUCCGCCUUCACCACCAUCCGCUACACGCUGAAGGACGUCGACAGCGGCAAAACCUCGUCCGAACUCACCCUGACUGUCAACGUCGAGCACGUCAACAACGCCCCCGCUUUUGAACAACUCAGCUCCUCGUUCGGCGACGGUAAGCUCAUAUCUCUCAAGCAGACCGACGCCCACGACUUCGAGUGGAUGUUGACCGACGUGGACACCCUGCCAAGCGAGCUCUACACGGUACUUGUCAUCUCCCUCAACCAGAACCAAAACUGGUCCCUUCACCGCUGCCUCGACCGCGACUGCGGCUCCACCGAGCCCCUCGUCUCCAGCGGCUCCAAUUCCAGCGUCAACGACCAGUUCUCGAUGCUCCCCACCGAAGUCAGCAGCGACGACUGCAAGACGAUAGACGAUCUGUACAAACUUAACGGCACGCUCACCGAAGACACAAAAUGCUACGCCUACUUCAAGUACCGACUCCAACCCGACAAGGAAGUAGCCUACUCCACCUCCAUCGGCUUCACCUUCAUCGGCUCGGACAAACUGGCCAACACCGCCGAGUACGGCGUCGCAGUCCGCCACUCCUUCGUCAACCGACAACCUGUCAUCUGGGCACCCCCCGAAAUCGUCUCCGAGGCCGGCACCACGAACCCCUUCAUUCGCGACAACGACCCGAACAGCGAGACCUACAACAAGAGCGUCUCCAUCACGGACAUCGGCGCAUCAUCCAAGUGCUUGGAAAGAUUCAACAUAACCUCUGACGCGCCCGGCGAAUUCGUGCUCUCCACCUCCGCUCAACACAUGUGCAACCAGAGCAAGGUCGCCGCUGACGACAGCAACCCCGAAUCUCCCCAACUCCCCUUCGUCACGUGCCUCGGCAGCGUCGAUGACCUGAACAGCUGGCUCCCCGAACUCCGAUUCAGCACCAACCAAACCACCGCCACCCUCACGUUUACCAUCGACGACAAGGGCUGCUCCAGCGGCGUUGACGACGACCGGUCCUACAGCAACACCGCCACUACACAUCUCAACCUCACCGCCACCUCCGGCGGCUCCACUGGUAAGGUCGUCGGUAUCGUUGCCGGAUCCGCCGCAGCCGCCGGCAUCGUCGUCCUGAGCGCUCUCGCCUACUUCCUCAGACAUGGCAUGUCCUCUCCUCCAGACGUCUACUUCGAUAUCGGCAGCGAGAGCGUCUCCACCGCUCCUCAAAACCCUCUCUUCCAACCCAGCACGCAAGAGUACAGCUCGUCCAUCUACAGAAACGCAUAAACAACCCUCUCGACACGUGGAAUCCUCGAAGACCCUCCUGUGGGGGGCUGCUUUGAUAUCCUUAACCAAUUGCACGCUUUGAAAGGGGCGGAGACUCUAUGUAUGCUAUCUCUUGAAUGAUAUAAAAAGCCCGCGAAAAAGCCCAUCUUCCUCCUCCCUCCCUCAGGGGGGGCUGGCUGCAGAGGAGGGUGCGCGGCUCAUUAAAAAAAAAGACCUUUUUCUUUAACUCUUUAAAAAAAAAGUUCCCCCCUAAA